UCUACAUAAUGUCCUUGGUGUAAGGAAUUUUGCCUUCGGGCAGAAGUCCCGGGACUUAGCCAUAGCGUGGUUGGUUUACUAAAAUGAGCAAAGAAACAUGUUACUAACUCCCUGCUCAAUAUCGUGGCGCUUAUUUCAUCGCUUUCUGUGGAGCCAUAGGUUAACUAGGACGAAGGUGGUCCUGGUGGUAGUACUGCUGUUAGUUGCUUUUGUCUACACUCUGAAGGCCAGGCAGAGGGCACUUGUCCUGACACACGACCUCGAGAUUUCGUGGGCGGAGACAGGAAAAUGUCCGGCGUGUUUUGGGGACACCUGUAAACUUCUCCACCGGGGACACUUCCAGAAUGUGCAUUCAGACAGGCCGUUGAAGAAAGGUGCAGUUUCCAUCGGGACGGUGGACGGUAAAACGGUUAUUGCUAAAACUCUGUGUGCGGAACAUCAAUGGCAGAAGUUUGAGAGGUUUAUCUGUUGGGUGUCGUCGCGUCGUCAGGUUUGUAACGCCUCGUCUUUCAUUCUGGAGACCAUGUUGGUGACCGACGUUGUUUUGAAACUACCGUGGCUGCAGGAAGCGUGGAGAAUCUGCCACGUGGAAAAGUCAGCUUUGUCACUCUGUUUGCCUGCCAGGUUUUUACAAGAAGUGAAACAGCUGUACGUCGACAACGAAAGUACGGAAGUAGACAGAAUAGGACGCGCGUUUCUCGCCACGUCACUUCUCCUCAAUGUGGAGUCGGUUUUACUCCGAUAUUUCUCUACAAAGUCUACAACACCUUGGCCUUUUCCAAAGUUUUACGGGGCUUGCGGCAGAGUUAUUUUGGUGGAACAUGCAGGGAGGACGCUAGACACUUUCAUGGACUUCCCCUGGGGAGUCCGAGCUGACAUUGCAGUGCAGUUGUUACAACUGGUGGACACUCUUCGCGGAAAGGACCCGGACUGGGUUCUGUUUUUAACGGACGUGUCUUUCCAAAACUUCGCAGUCGACAGCCGCGGACGGGUUAGAUUGAUAGACUUGGAUGAUGAGAUGGUGAUCGACCGGAGAAUCAGUCAUGAACAGACGGAGAUGUGCAACGAGCAGUGUUACAUGGACUUCCAGAAGAAACUAUUCAACGACCCGUAUCAUUGUCAGGACAUUCUAAGGUACACUCCAAUGAUGUAUGCCAGCAUAUGUGCCCGAAUUUUGUCUAACCACCUGAAAUAUCCUGAGCGACGCAACUGGGGGGAAACCAGUGAAGCAAACGAAGAACAAAGUACGGAAGAUAAAGUUGAGGAGCCCCUCAAAGGCCUUCUACAUGACCCUCCUGGUGAAAUUAACGGUCCGCUAGAGGACGCCCUUAGACAGUGUGUUCAGGAGACUCAACCUGGAGGUCGACUGAACGCUGUCUUGACACUGCAGCAACUCUUAAAGAAGACUUAGGCUAGAAUCGUUGUAAUAAAAUUUCCUUACAA